UUUCUGGCCGGGAUAGAAAAUGGAUAGAAAAUCCCUUCAUUUUCUAACUUGGGUGCGAAGUGUCCUUUUCCCCACUUUAUGGCUGAAAGCAAACAGAAUCUAAAGCAGAUUUUUGACCUUGCCAUGGGGUGCGGACUAAGGAAACUAGAAGAUCCAGAUGAUAGCAGCCCAGGGAAGAUAUUUUCGACACUGAAGAGACCUCAAGUAGAAACAAAGACGGACUGUGCUUACGAGUACAUAUUGCUGGAUUUUACAUUGGAAGGUUCCUCAAAUCCAGAUGUGAUUAAGAUCAGCUCUGUGCUGGAUAUUGCAAAAAAGGUAGAGGAUUAUUAUGCUAAAGGUUAUGUGGUAGGAGCCAUUCACCCCGUUUUACUAUCUGUUGGACGAAGAAAGCACUUCCCAGCAAGUCAUCUCUACAGAGUGGUCCUGCUGCGUCUCAAAUUAAGCCCGAAGCAUUCAGCAGCCAGAGUCCACCGGCAGCCCAAGCUUGUGAUUGAGGAGUGUCCUUUGACGUAUGAAACACUCACCAAUGAAGCAGUCAAGGGGCUGCUAGAGAAGAUCAACGAUGCUGCCAAAAGAGGCAUGAAGUUUGUGGGCUUUGUAACCCAGCCUUGUCCUCAGUCUCAAGUCUGCAACGGCACAAGCCCAGAGGGAACCACAGAGCCUGAUCCUGCGCCGUGCAGGAGGAGCCAAGAGCAGAGGAUGAACAACUCCGAAGAAAACUUCAAGAGCUGGAACGAAGGGACACUGAGCGGUCAGUCCUCCGAGAGCGGAAUAGAGGAAGAAAUUCAGCCCGACAGCAGUCCGUGCCCAGAUUCUGACGUUCAAGAUGGAAGAGAAGGCAGCCCUGGCCCCAUGAAAUUAAAGAAAGGAGAAGAUAACAAACUGUACACUGUCUUCAAUGUGUUUGAAGAUGAUUCUACCUGCUGGACGUAUCACGAUGGUGUUUUAUCUCUCAAAGUGACAAGGAAAGGCCCAGUGAUUAGUACUCUGGAUGCUGAUUGGCUGGAAUUAACCACCUAUUAUUACAAACAAGGACUGUCGUUAAUUGACUCAUUUGUAUGCUGGGAAGCUUCUAAAGCUGACCACCUGUCCAAAUCAUUAGAAGGCUUGUUCAUAUACGAAGAAGAAGGGUCGGGAGUCCCAGGUUCAAACAGGAAAGGAAAUGAUGCAAUAGUUGUAGAACAGUGGACGGUCAUUGAGGGCAGUGAGAUCAAAACAGACUAUGGUCCUCUGCUGCACACCUUGGCUGAGUUUGGCUGGCUUUUAACCUGCGUCUUGCCGACUCCCAUCAUCCGACUGGACAGCGAGGGUAACCUGGCUACGAAGCAAGUGGUUUUCCUUCAGAGGCCUGCGAUGUGGAAUCCAGUGGUCCAGACGCCUGAGAAGAAAUCCUCCAAGCAGCUCCGAGAAGAAAAAGGCAAAGUUCCCAGCAGAAGCGUUGGAGCAGACCCAGCAAUCCUUGCCCCUGCCCAGAAGACCCAGCCAGCGGACGAGGAGUUCCAUCUGUCCCCUCCUGCGCCGUGUUGGGCCAAGGAAGGAGGCACCCAACAGGCCGGCUUCCCGGGGUUCAGCAGCAGCGACGGCCUGCUCAGGGAACUGGAGGAGGGACAGUUUGAGCAGGAGGUCACUCAGGUGACGUGCAUGUGACCAGUGGCUAGACGGGAAGGACCUGUACAUAAGGCAACAAACUGUGGAAACAGGGCUUACGUUGAUAUACCCGCCUAGGCUUAACCACCAGCUUUUCCUUAGCCUAAUAUCUGCCGUCUCCCCCUCAUUUCUCUGCAGCUGCGUUAAUAGAAAAAGAGUCGUCUUUUAUAAUACUUAGCCGAAGGAUUAACCAAGUCGGGUGGACUUUAUCGGGAGACUACAUUCCUAGGACAGCGCCAAGUGCCUUCAGCGAUGGUCUCGGCAACUGGGGAAGGAAACAACUGCAAGAUGGGUAUUGAUUUCCGCCCGGCUGAAAAACACGAUGCUUUCUAAGGAGCGUGGAAACAGUACACGAGCUUUUUCCCAACAUGCUAUUCUAGAUGUGUGGUUUAAGAAGGGGAAAAAAUGUAAAUGAAGAACUGGGCAGGGUGUGUGUGUGUGUGCGUCACCUUUUCAUUGCAAAUUUUAACUCUACUCCUGCUGGAGCUUAGAACUCAAAAGAGAGUCGACUUAUAAAAGAAAUCUUAUACCCA